AUGACCACCGAGCGGACGUUCAUUGCUAUCAAGCCUGAUGGCGUUCAGCGCGGCCUUGUUGGCCCCAUCAUCUCCCGCUUCGAGGGCCGAGGCUUCAAGCUCGUCGCCCUGAAGCUCGUCAGCCCCUCCAAGGACCACCUUGAGGCUCACUACGCCGACCUCAAGGAGAAGGCCUUCUUCCCCGGCCUGAUCAGCUACAUGCUCAGCGGCCCCAUCGUCGCCAUGGUCUGGGAGGGCCGUGAUGCCGUCAAGACCGGUCGCACCAUCCUCGGCGCCACCAACCCCCUGGCCUCCGCCCCCGGCACCAUUCGUGGUGACUACGCCAUCGAUGUUGGCCGCAACGUCUGCCACGGCUCCGACAGCGUCGAGAACGCCAACAAGGAAAUCGCCCUGUGGUUCAAGGAGGAGGACCUCAUCAGCUGGAAGUCCGCCCAGUUCGAGUGGAUCUACGAGAAGGCUUAA